UCCCGGCGGCUCCUAUCCCAUCCCCAGAAAUAAAAGGCCAUCACUGAUAUUAAUCCCCCCUCUGCUGCAGCUGGAUUGCUGCUACAUUAACAGAUUACAUUCUGGGCAGGUUUAGCAGGAUCCCGUCUGUAUAAAGGCCAGUGCCAGGCUCCAGCAGAAGAAGACACUUCCCAGCUCCAGAUUCUGCUGCAUCUUCCAGACCGUUCUGCAGGAUCAGGCUCUCAUAUGGGCCACAGAGAGACACCUGCCCUACAUGCCAAUUAGGGCCGCCUUCGACUGCUACUUUAAAAGACCUUCCUCGCUUUACCUUCUUCAUAAGACGCCCAUUGGAACAUUCAAAUCGCAUUCAAAUCCGGUCGGUGCCUGGUUUGACUUGUGCGGGGACGUACAUGCAAAGCAAGACAUAAGCAGUGGGAGAUAAGCGGCUACAAUAUCAUCGCCUCUAUCCAAAGUCUGGUGUCUAGCAGCAGCACAUUCUCCUCCGCGAGGUCUUCCACUGUAAAUCAGCAGCCAUGGAUGAAAUGGACGUUCCCCAGAUGAAGAAGGAGGUGGAAAGUUUGAAAUACCAGCUGGCCUAUAAGAGAGAGAUGUCUUCCAAGUCCAUACCUGAGAUACUGAAGUGGAUAGAAGAGGGGGUGCCCAAUGACCCGUUCCUGAACCCCGAAUUGAUGAAGAAUAACCCAUGGGUGGAGAGAGGAAAGUGCAGUAUCCUGUGAGGCUCUGACACCAGGAACUGCCCCCCACCCAAUCUUCUCUGAAUGUAACCAAUACUGAAUAUAGGGUGCAGAUUGGAAGCUGAUCAGGCCUGAAUGACUGCGCUGAGGUGGUCCUAGCUGCCCGCAGACCCGGAAUUCUCCAUUUCCCCAUGACCAGUAGAUAGAAGGAUGACGACAAGUACCCAUUAUACUUUCCGCUUUACACAGUUGAAGCGUGAGAAUGCCUUCUACUUUAGUUUAGUGAUAGGUUCUUCUGUCCUCACCGAGGGGCGGCUAUAGUUGCUUGUCACAUCUGUAUGACGGCAAUAACACAGGCUUGUCCUGCACGGUGCAGUAGUGAGCAUGGAAGGCUUCGAGGCCCUGGUGUGGCUGUACCUGACAGAUUAUGCACUAUAUAAAACACUAUGCUUUUCAGGUUAAUUGUAAUUUAUAGAAAAUCAGGGGAGACCCCACAGCCCCCCUAAACCCACUUUGUAUUUUUCUGUCCAAAAAUAAACAGAUAUUCUGAAAAUGAAUAGAAAAUUCAUAUCUAAU